AUGCCUCAGUCUUUCAUUGUUAACGUCUCAGUGGAUUGGUACAACAAAAUGGAGAGCAGACACAUGGAUCUGUUCAUCAUCCCUACGGUUCUCCUAACCUCUGUCACAAUGCUGGUCAACCCCGUUCUGUCCCUCUGCAUACUGUGUUUUCCUACGCUACGUCAAGAGACCCGCUACCUGCUCCUUGCUAACAUGCUCUUCGCCGAUAUGCUCUUCCUCGCCAUAAACCUUGCCAUGGUCUCCUGCAACUCUGUGGGCCUGCACAUGCCUAACCUUCUGUGUGAGUUCAUGAUGGUGAGCAUGGUAAUGACAUACAGCACGUCUGUGCUCACCAUCACAUUGAUGGUCGUCGACACAUAUGUGGCGGUACGUUGGCCGUUACAUUACAAAGAGAUUCUCCCACCAUCUCGGGCCAGGAAGAUAAUCAUGAGCUUGUGGGUAACGGCAGCAGUGUGUCCCGUCUCUUUGCUAGUGAUGUUUGAGGUGGUGAUGGGCAGUGACAAGCAGAGCCGUCCAGUGUGUUUGAUGUUGAUCGCGCUGCACACGUUAGAACACAAGAUGAAGGUUGGCGUUCAUUUUUACUUCAUCGUUGCCAUCAGCCUCUGCACUGUUCUCAUUGUAUACUGUUAUAUUCAUCUCUACUUCAUCACUAAAACUUCUGGGAUAUGGCGUAGUCGGUACUCCCGGGCGCGUAUGACACUCCUGGCGCACACUCUGUUGCUCAUGAUGUAUUUUGUACCCACGUUGGUCUUUGCCGUGGAGCUGGCUCUUUUAAAGGAAGAAAGCGUGGAUCUUGUGGGAGUGUGGAUUAACUUGGUGAAUAUGUGCAUACUGAUGUUGCUUCCACGCUGUUGCACUCCUUACCUGUACAUCCUGCGCUAUCACGAGAUUUACGAGACUGUCCAGCAGGUGUUUUGGAAGAAGCGACACCUAAGUCAGAGGAGUGCAGCCUAGAACUGGACUUGAAGCAGAGCAGGCCUGCACAAUAACUGUAUCUGGUUGCUCUGUCGUUGGAGGAUUCCUUAGCAAAAGAGGGAAUUUAAGACACCUGAGCCAGAAAGAGAUCUCAAAAGAUACUUUUUAUGUUUUAGUAUUCAUUUUAGUACAUUUUUAUUAAAGCAUUUUAACAUGAAAGUAUAUUAAGAAUGUUUUGGUCUUUUUUAUA